AUGGAAAUGCUUGAUAAUAUAAAAGUACUUCCUUAUAAAUUACAACCAACUGAUGGAUUGGCAAACAUUAAGAUACAGCCUGAAAAUCUUGAUGUAAAUUUAAAAUUUACAGAGGCCACAAGAAUCACAGCAUUCUGGAUUUUACAAAAAUAUUUGAACCCAGACAUGCCCCUAGGGUGGAACGGUUUUAUAGAAGAGGUAACUGCCGAAAAAGAUUAUGAAGUUUCAUUAAUCCAAUUUUUGCCGUUUAUCAAUUCCAAACCUAAUGAUUAUAACACCUUAUUUACGAGUAUUAUGGAAAGUGUUGCUCAAACUGAUAAAUAUGAAAUGAAAACUUGUAUUAUAACCUUUGAUCAACAGUUAUACUAG